AUGGCUGAACUUAACGCAAAUGAUGAAGUCGAUAUUAAUGAAAACUACCAUCCUUUUCAUGGGGAGGAACAAGCUGGAAACGACAUGCAGGAUCAGGGAGGAGGUAUGGAGGAGCAUGCUGGAGGUAUAGAGGAGCAUGCUGGGAACAUGGAGCAAGAUCUGGAGGAUCACGAUGGGAACAUCGAGCACGCUGGAAACAUAUGGGACCAACCCAGUCAAGAAACAUUCGCAGUAACGCCAUCCACGAUAGAAAUCGUACAAGAUGAUAUGGAACACACGCAAGCCCAUCCGCACGCGCCACGUCCCGUCCACCCCCCCAUCCAAAUGUCGCAUCGCGACAAAUGCCUCCUAGCAUUGAUGGUAGAGGACAGGCACGAAGUGUUGCUCAGGUUAUGGCGGGAGUUGGACAAGAUGGAACAUCUUCUGGGUUUAGAGCACAUCUAG